AAAAAAUGUAUUGCUCUAUUACUUAAAUAUAUUGUUGUAAGCGCUUAAGAAAAAAGGCAUAAUGUCUGGAACUGAGGAUGCUUAUGCUCCAGAAGAGCCUACACCGGAUAUUUCAAUGUCUUUACUAGACAUACAGAUGCCAGAAACACCUGAAAGUACUAAAGGCCAAGCAAGUGAUGGAGAUACAUGUAGGUUAGAAAGUCCAAGAAUGCUUAAACCCGUUCUUGGCAAAGUUCAAGCUAAAAAGAGAUUAUUGGCAUUUGCGAAUAAAUUUAAUGUAUUACCGAAAACUCCAAUUAAAUCUUCUGUACCUCAAGUUAUCGGUGCAGACAAUGAAGAUACCACUGGUGAAACAAAAUCUAUAAAAACAGAACAACAGUCAUCGUAUAACCGUUAUUCCACUGGUAGUAAAUUAAGAAAGAAAGCAGAAGAGAAAGUUCUAGCGAUAGAAGAAAUUAGAAGGGAAGAGUCUAAAAGUAAACUAUUACUCGCAGAAGCUAUGGCUGCAGCAUGUUUAGAAGAAGAGAAUUUUACUAGAAAUAAUUCAACUAUGUGGGUAACAUCGAGAAAUUCUAAAGGAAGAUCUAGAUCAAAUGAUGUAAUUUCUUCUCAAAGGGGUUCAAAUAAAUCUGUAUUAGAGCGCAAGAGAAAACAUAGCAAAGAAGGAAAAGAAAGAAGUGGAAAUAAACAAGUAAAAGAACAACAUGACAACAAAGAAAGAUAUAAUUAUAAACCAUCUCUCCAGAAUAGGGAACAAUAUAGAAAGGAUAAAGAAAGAAGAGAAAAUAAAUAUAAACGAACCGAGGCCAAGGUAGAAUUGAAUCGUGACAAAAAAAAUAAUGGAAGGGAUAAAAAGGAAAGUCAGAAAGACAAGAAAGAAGAAUUAAGAGAAAAGAAGGAUGAAUCGAAGGACAGAAAGGAUAAAUCAAAUGACAUGCGAGAAAAUGAUACAGAUGUUAAAGAUAAAAAGGAGAAAAAUAAAUUCAAAGACAAAGAGAAAGAAAAAGAAUUAAGGAAGUGCGAAUCGUGGGCAGAAAUUAAAAAAUCUGGUGUAACUAUGAACGAAUACAUUCAAUUUAGAAAACAAGAAAUGUCAGAACGAUCUAUCAAAAACAGGACAAUGCAAGAUUAUGCUCGUAGCUUGGAUCAAAUGUUGAUGUUGAAUAACUAUCGUGUAAGACGUACUGCCUUAAUUGCUGAAGGACUAGAUGGACUUAAAGGAUUUCCCCCGGAAUCUAUUAGAUUAACAAAACGUGGACGGCAAUUACUUUAUUGUGAAAAUCCUCGCGUGUCUCUAUUAUUAAAUCGACAACAGUUAUUUCAGGCUGUUACAUUGGAUCGUAGGGAAAAGCUACGAAAAAUAUGUGAUGCAACGUCUAUUCAAGUCAACAUAGGAGAUAACGAAGAACCGCCGUGUUCUCGUAAUUGGUAUAAAAAAUUAAACACAAUUGAAUCUAAUGAUGACACAAAAUGGCAAUUAUCCGUGGAUAUACAAUCGUCAAAAUCAAAAUGGGACAGUGAAGAUGAAAUUCCACAAGAAAAUAAUGAAAUAGAAAAUAAGGAGAAGAAAGUGGAAACAGAGAAUAUUAUUGAACAAGAAGAGAAUAAGGUAUCACCCUCUAUUACUAAUUCUUCCGACGAAAAUAGCAGGAAUGAAGAAAAUACUUCAGAUGAUCAGAAUAAUUCUGAAAUUGUUGACAAAUCUGAAAUUGUAGAUAAAGAAUCUGCUUCUCCUAUUUUAUUAUCUACAGGAAAUGAAAAGUUAGCUUCGGAGUAUGAGCAAUUUAUGAAAAUGGUCUGUACAGAAAUUCCUUUACCAGAUACAGUAAGUACAGUACAAAAAUUUGCUUCGGAGAAAUGUCCACGUAAAUCUGUAUCUCCAUCGAAUUAUCAUGAAUUUAAUAUAGAAAUUACAUCAAUGCAUAAGCAUAAUACUUUUCCUAUGUCUAAAGAUUUGACAUGCGAAAAUCAAAAUAAUAUUGCUAGAGAAAUAUUAACGGAAAAACAAUUGCAAGAAAAAGAACGUUUAGAAAACUCCUGUGCAGCGUUUCAACAUUCAGAACAUUCCACUUUGUCGGUAAACUCACAAACUUCUAUGCAAGAGAACGAAAGAAUAUUUGAAAAUACAACUAUGUGUGAGGAAGAGGAAAUAAAAGAAUCUAAAUCUAUACCUAACGAUUGGAAUGAAGCUAGGAUCAAAGUGGAACAAUUAAGUGAUGAAAAUUCUGAACCAAAAAGAAGAAAGAGAAAGAAAAAGCGGUUAUUAAAGGAAACAUUUAGUAGUAGCGAUUCGUCUAGUAGUAGUAGCUCCUCAGAUUCAGAAGAUAAAAAGACUAAACGACAUAGAAGCAGAAAAUUAUCUCAAGAUUCGAGUUCAUCUGAUUCUGAUAGUAGUGAAAGUAGUAGUACAAGCAGUAGCAGCGAUUCUUUCAGUUCUGAUAAUAAAAGAAAAAAGAAGAAGAGGAAGAAAAGAAAACUUAGUAAGAAAAAAAAGAAAGCUAAAAGAAUAAUGAGAAUAAAGAAAAAACGUAGAAGAAAGGAGAGUUCUCCAUCGAGUAGCAGUGAUUCCGAUGAAAGAAGAAAAAGAAAAAAAAUGAGAAAGAAGAAAUUGAAAAGUAGAAAAGCAUUGAGUAAGAAAAAUCUUGAUAAUAGAGAAUUCUUGAAUGAGGUUUCAGAUUCGUCUAUAAAACAUACGAUACAAUCUGUAUCGAAACAAAUUAAAGAUGAAAUGAAUGUUAAAAUGAUCCAAGGAGAAAAAUCUAAUUUAUGGGAAAAUAAAAACAAAUCGAUAAUAUCCAAUAAAGAUGGUCAGAAUAAAAGUACGGAUAAAUUUUUAGAAGCAUGGAAAGUAAAUUCGGGAAUUAUAUCUGAACAACUUGGAAGUCAAAUGUCCGAAAUAAAUCGUGAUGUAAAUAUGUUGAAAGAUGAUGGGCAAAAUAAAUUUAAAAAAAUCGACAGAGGUGAGCAAAGUAUUACAGUAAUAGAUAAAAUAAACGAGAAGCGAUCUGAUGACAAUUUUGCCGAAGGGAAACAAAAGAUAGAAAAUGAUUUGGAUGAAAAAAGAAAAAGGAAAAAAGAUAAGGAUAAGAAAAGUAAUAGCGAGUUCCUUGCUGGUUGGGAAAAAAGAGCAACUGAACGCAUAGCACACCAAAUGAUACAGGAUGAUAUGAAGUUAUCAAAGAAGUUAGAGAAACACAAAAAAGAAAAAUGGAGAGAAACAGAAUUUGAUACUUUAAAUGUACCAUCGUUAACACAACUUGAAAAAGAAGUACAUAAAAGUCAUCUAUUGGCUGACGAAUGGGAAGUAGACAGUUUAGAAGGUAUUGCAAAUUUAGCAGUUAAUAAAAAAAGAAGUUCUCAUGUUUCGAAAAAAUUGGAAAAAGAAGUGAAAUAUGAUAAAAAAACAGACACAUAUAUUGCCGUUGAAAAGGGAAGUACAAGAGAAAAUCGUAAACGAAUAGAGAAAUGCACCAUAAGAAUCUGGGAAGAUGAGGAGGAAGAAGGUGAGAGAGAAGCUAUGAUGCUCAUUCAAGAGAAAAAUCAAAGGAAGAAAGAUGAUUGGGAUAUUGAAGAAGAAUCAUUUAUGUGUACUAAUGAAAAAUCCAAGGAUAAUAUUGAUACAAAUAGCGUAGCCAGUGCUACUAGUGCUGCCACAACUAUUGUUAGUGAUAUCAUUGAUAUUGCCAGUAACAUUCAGUCUGACUUAUCUAUUAACUAUGCUAAAAGUAAUAAAGAUAGAAAGAGCGUUGAAAUGCUUGAUAAUUUACAAGAAAAUGAAUAUAAUAUGAAUAAAAAAGUGAAGAAAAGUCGUUGGGAUAUAGGAUCUCAAUCUGAUGAUAAGAUGGAACUCAAAGCUUCUGUUAUGUGGGAAGAGGAAUGUGUUGAAUGGUCGAAUCGAACUAAACCUGAACAUACAAGUAGUAGAACAUCUUUGGAUGUACCCGACAAAAUUUCAUUAAAAGAUAAGGUAAAGGAUGAUAUUUGCCAUGUUGUAAAUGAACCGUUAAAUGUUGAGACAUUUGAUUCUAAAUACUCUGAAAAUCCUAUGAAUUUCGUUAAAAGAAAACAAUCUUGUUCUUUGAAGUUGGAAGAUAAGGAAUUAUUAGAACAAUCAUGGAGCGAAAAUGAAAAUAUUGAUACAAUUAUAGAAAAGAAAUCAAUGAAAAAUAAAAAGAAUCUAUCCACAGAACGAUUGAAAUCUAUCCUAGAUAUUGAUACCAAAUUAGGACAAUCAAAAAUAGAGUUGUAUAGUCCAAGUUCUCCAGCACCAUCUCAGAAGUCUGAAGAUAUCGAAGGAUUUUCUUGUGGCAGUAAUUCAACUUCUUUGAACAAGAAUAAAUCACAUGAAGAUAAGAACAAAGAAUUAUCUCAAAUAGAAGAUAAUUCAAUAUCUUCUUCCACUAUACCAUUACAAUUAAAGAAGUUCCAUGAAAAUAUAUACAAAGGUUCUAAAGCAUCAACAACUAAACAUAAUCUUCAAAAUAUGGAUGUUCAUUCAAAAACUGAAAAAUGCAAUGAAAAUUCGGAGAAGUUACUCAAUAAUUUACUCGCCAAUGAUUUAUGUUCAGAUGGACAUUCAUCUAAAUCUUUACGAAUGGAUAUGUUUGCUGAGUAUGAAACAGAUGUAUCUUAUAAUAAUGAAAAUGUUCAGAAUGUUGAUAUAAUAACAGAAACGAAUACAAAAGAUGAUGAGACAAAUGAGGACAAAGCAACUUUUAAACUUAUACCUAAACAAUUUUUAAUUCGACGCUCUAAUGAGCAUGAUAAAUCAAAAACGACUGAAGUGCCCUUACUUGAUUCUGCGCAACAAGUUGCCGCUCUUUUAACAAUUCAGCAAAAGCUUUUACAGUCGCGUAUAUUAAGCAGCGAUAAAGAAGAUACAGAAUUUUCUACUGCAGCAUCUACAACUAUGGCAAAUGCAAAUAAAAUUGUUGAUGCUACUAUAACAAGUACCGACGAAUGUUCUUCUGCAGAUCUUGCUAUUACUGCCACUAAUAUCACAUUGGGAUCAAAAGAAGAAAUAUUACAGAACUUGCAACUUCAAACUACUCAUUCUAAAUUUAAAUCAUCCAACAUGUAUUCCGAUCAAAAUGAUGAAUACAAAAAUCAGGAUAAGAAAAAAGAUGAUAAUGCUAAGACAACAAAGCUUACUAUUGAAGAUAAUAAUGACAUGGAUUUACUGCAAAGUACAAAAUCUUCAAAUAGAGAAUUAAAGAGAAAGAGACCAUUUAAGCAGGAAGAUGAUAAACGAUACAACAAUAAUCGUGAUAAGGACAAAAGAAAUAAAAAAAUGAAUGAAUUGAUGAGAGACAGAAUUGACAAGAGAGAUUAUAAAGGUUCUAGGAAUACAGAAUAUAAUGAAAACAGAAGAAAAAUGAGUCCGAUGAGGAACAAAAGAAAGCACAUUGAUAGUCCGUGUACUUCUUGGGAAUGCGAAGGUAGUGGAAGUGGCAGUCAUAGUCGUAGCUGGAGUCGAAGUCGAAGUAAAAGUCCAAGAAGACGAGAUGAAAAUGUUUCAUAUAUUCGAGAUAGAGACAGAAAAUUAAAUAGAUCUAAUAGAACAAGAAAUGUGGACGAUCGAAAAGAUAGAUUUGGACGAAGCCCAGAAAGAUCAUUUAAUACCAGUUACAACAAACCAAAUAAAAACAAUCGUGACGAAUGGAAUAAAAGAAGAUAUGAUAGUAUGGAUAAGAAUCGAGAGAAGGAAAUGAAAUCGUAUGAUCCAAUUGAAAUGUUAAGGGAAAGAAAUAUGGAACUUAAUAAACAGGUUGAAAAUAGAAUACAAAUCGAAGAGGAAGCAGAUCAAGCAUUUUGGCAAUUUGGAAUAGAUAAUGCUUUACGAGAGGGAGAAUCUUUAGAUUCAUUUAGUAAUCAACAGGAUAUGAACUUAGAUUAUAAUAACAGACCUUAUUAUAGGGAUGAAAGCUUGGAAAGGGAAAUUAUGGAAGGUCCUAUUACUUCUCGACGAAGCCAACAACAAAGACAAAAUAUAAGACGAGAUAUGCAGUGGGGAAAAGUAGGUGAUACUACUGAUUUAGAAAAAUAUACACAUUCUAUGAGAAGAACAGAAAAACAAAAAAGAUCAAUGCUAUCCCCCUGUUUAAGACACUCGCCAUCAAGAUUAUCUCUAGAUAGAUUUAGAUGCCUAUCAAGAUCGCGAUCGAGAACGUGGUCUCGAUCAAGAUCGAGGACGAGAUCAAGAUCAAAAUCACCAUUGAGGCCGUCACGAUCAAGGGCAAAAUUGCAGUCAAGAUCUAGAUCAAGGUCUAGAUCAACAUCUAGAACCAGAUCGAGAAAACGAAGUCCCGAAUAUGAAUCAAGAUUAUCUGAAACACAUCGUCUUUCUCGGUCACCUUCUUUAUUAAGGGAUCAAAUCAAUGGAAAUUUAAGAGAUAAUAGGAAAAAUUGUGAAGAAACCGGUAGACGCAUAGAGACAAUUGUACAGUCAACUUCCGGUGUGACGAGAGUAACAGCAGAUUCUACUGUUAUGGAUACAGAAAUGCAGAUUUCUGUCGGUAUAGAUAAUGUAUCUUCAAACUUUCAAUAUCCUGGUGUGAACGAGUCUAGUAAUGAUUAUUAUUACACGGAGAAUAACUUGACUUACCCUCCUUGCAUAAACAAUACUACUGUUACAAACUCUCCAAAGCGUUUGUCCCUUGAUGACAGAUUGGAAUUAGAAUUAGGAAUUAAAAAGCAACAUGAGCAAGAAACAAAUAUACUCCCUGAUUAUUCGAAUAAUUUUAAUGCAAAUACCGUUGUAUAUCCAUCUCCUCCACCACAACCUCAACAACAAUUGUACCGCCGUCAACCUACUACAGUAUUACAGGUGGGCAAUGUUUUACAAGUGGUACCUGCAGAUUAUAAUGGAAUAUCUCCAACACGUACAGAAGUACCUGCAAUUACAACUCCUCCAGUUGUACACGGAUCCAGUCAAGUUGUACGCGUUGGUAAUGUCCUUCAAGUAGUACCAACAUCCUUAGACUGGAGCAGUGGUACACAGUCAACUGUAGAUCAACCAGGAACAACUUCUUAUUCUACUGAACCUGCACCUUCUCCCGUUUCAGUCCCAAUUUCUGUUCCCGUACCUGCUCCUGUUCCUAUGCCAGUACCCACUAUUCCAGCUAUUCCCACUAUUCCCGGUAUUUCCACCAUUCCCACUAUUUCCAGUAUUCCUUCUGUGGUAUCAACACCAACACAAAGUUCGACCUUAUCCCCAGUGCCUUUAGCUCUACCGGUUUCUGUACCUGCACCUGUACCAAUACCAAUUUCUGGGGCAACAUAUCCAAGACCAGAAAUUACAGUACCACCGAGAGUGACAGCACAACCAGUAUAUAAUUAUGAAGCAAUACUUGAAGCUCGUCGAAAAGAAAGAGAAGAACGUAAGAGAUUGCGUGAAAUACGUAGAAAAGAAAAGGAACGCAAACGUAUAGAAAAAAUUAAUCGAAGGGCACUUAGACUUCUUGAAAAGAAAACAAUAGGUACACCACAAUCGGAUAAUACAACAUUAGAUCAUCGGAAAAUACCUCCGUCUAUAGAUCGAUCGGUUAUAAAAGCUCUUCAUGAAGCAGAUGAGGAAGCUGCUUUAGAUGACCAGUUAGAAAAAGAACCAGAGAAUUCAAUUCCAUUAACAUCUCCUGUAGUAGUAGAAGAAGAAGAAGAAGAUGUUACAGGAGAUGACGAUGAAGAUGACGAAGAAGAGGAGGAAGCAGAAUAUGAAGAACCUGAAGAUGAUGAAGAAGAAGAAGAAGUAAAUGAUCAAAAGUCAAUAUUCAAAAUAGAAAAUCGAAAGGAAGAUAAUAAAGAGACGGAAGUAUCGAUAAAUGACGUUAAUAUAAAUCAAGAAGAAUCUAAACUCAAAGAUUGGCCGCUAUUACCUACAGCACCUUUGAAAGGAAUACUUGUAUCACCAGGCUUUAGAAAAGAUACAUUUUCUAAUGGGAACAUAGAUAAUCUUUCUAUAUUAGAUGAGGAUAAUGAAGAUAGUAUGGAUAAAGAGGAAGUGGAAACAGAAAAAUCAAGUGAUGUUAACAAAAGCGAUAAUACCGUUGAGAAUAAAAUUAACGCGAUAAAGCAUAGAAUGAAGUUAAAGUUAAAAUCAUCGCAGAAGAAAAGAAGAAUAAAGAAAUCUGUUCAAUUUGCGGACGGUGUUAAACCUGGCGAAGGUACUAGUCCUAGCGGUGGAGAAGGAGAUAUGCCAUCUCCGCCUCCCCCUUCAAGUAUGAUAUCCCAGGACAAUUCUUGCGACUUAAAGAGGUCCAUUUCUAAAAGAAUGAAGAAAGACAAAAGAGCAAGAUAUCCCAAAACAAAGAAAAAAGUUAAAGUAAAAAUAAUUAAAUUAAAGAAACCACGCGUCACUCCUUUGUCUGCUAUGAUGAUAGAAGAUUCUGAUGAAUUGGAUGAUCUUCCACCACCGCCACCGCCACCAGGUUCUCCACCGCCUCCAAAUUUAUGGCCCAGUUAUCUGUCAGCCUAUAGUGGUACAAUUAGAGCUACUGAAACACCAUCAAUCGUUCCAACGCCAACUCCAGUACAAGCUCCACCACCACCAACUCCAUUACCACUUUUAGUUCCUCCACCACCAUUAAAUUACACGAUACAACCUUGUACUAAGGCAUAAGCAUUCAAUCACAAUAUGUCUACUUUUUUAUUGAAACUUCGAUUUUAUCUUAUUGUACAAUUCUUUUAUAUAGUAAUCAUGAAAUAGCCAAUUUAUACCAGUUCAUCUUUGUGGGAAAAUACAAUCC